CUGUCUGUGAACGCUAACGUUAACCAAGUAGGCUUAGAUUAGUCUAACCUACGCCCUUUUGUUUCUUUGGCUCCAGAGGAACAAGAGUGAAGACGGUGAAGUUCCACAGCUUCUUCGUCAACUCCAAUAAACCAUAAACGCUAAUUCCAAUUUAGCGUGCUCAAAGUUCGAUCCUUUGAAUCUAAAUCAGGUAUGUGGAGCUUUGAUUUUUGAGUGAAACAAAAACAAUUAUGGAAAGUCUUGGAGGUAUUGGAUUCAGUAAUACGAGUAGUGCAACAAAGAAGAAGAGAAGCACUACAUUGCGUCGGCCUUGGAAUGAUCGACAGUUACAGGAUUCUUCUUCAUUGCCAUCCACACCAGUCGCUGACAAUAAUAGUCACUUUUACUCUACGGCCGUUAAAGUUUCUGCCUUUAUCUAUCUAUCCAUCUCAAUAACACUUUGGAGCAUUGUGAACUUUCUGAAUGAGAAUAAGAUAGAAGAGAGGGAAGCAGUGGAGUCGGAUGAAGGUUCAACGAAUGGUUCAUUCCAAGGAAGUAACCAAGUGAGGCAAGGUGGAGGCCACAGCACUGCAUCCACUGAAGGGUUUCUUGUACCUAGUAAAAAGAAAGACACAAUUGACACGACAGAACGUCGAGCUGGUUUUGAUGAGAAUAUCAUCAAGAAGGUUAAACUCAAACUUGGUGGUUCGUCAAAAACUAUAAAUAUAAUAUCAGCAUCCGAUGGUGCUUCUGAUAUUGGAUUGUGUUCGACAAAGUCGUCCCAUGCAUCAGAUGAUGCCUUGGGGAUUGGGCAGACUUACCAGGAAAUUUCAAACGAGCGAUCGACUAAACUAAGAGGGACACCGUUGGACACUGCAAGCAAAUCAGAUUCAUGUAAUGAUACCCGAGAUAGCAAAGCGAACACAAAUCCUAUUCGUAAAAGCAACCGGAUUUCUAAACGACGUGUUCUGGAUGAAGAACUCGAUAGUCUUGAUGAUGAUGACGAAGAAAUUCAAUUUCUCAGAAGGAUGAAAAUGGCUAAAGUUGUGGCUGUAGAAGAAGAUGUUGAUGACGAUGAAGACAGGACCAGAAAACAUAAAAAGCUUUCCAAGGUAAUGAAACAAAAUGUAGAAUUCCCACGUGGUGUAGGAACAUCAGAAAAAUCAGCCAAGAAGGAUAAGAUGGGAAAAGCAUUUGACGAUGCUGAUUAUGUCAAGGAUGAUGAUGAGGAAGAAGAAGAGGCUGUUUCAGAUGUUGAGCUAGAAAAUAAGAGCGCGAGAACUAGAAGAGGAGCUGAAGAAGGUCAGAGUGAAGUUAAGACAGAAAUGACUGUGACUACUCGUCGACGUUCUGGACAUAGUGGAAACCUUAUCGAGUUUCCUCGUGGCCUACCUCCUGCUCCACCUAGAAAGCGAAAAGAAAAUGGAUUAGAGGUUGAUCAGCAACUAAAGAAAGCUGAGGCUGCCCAGAGACGUAAAUUGCAAGUCGAAAAGGCAGCUAGAGAAUCAGAGGCUGAGGCAAUCAGGAAGAUUCUGGGACAAGACUCUAGCAGAAAGAAGAAGGAAGAUAAGAUAAAGAAACGCCAAGAAGACAAGGCCAAGGAGAAGGCUGCAGACUCGAUUGCCCGUAGAUCAGACACAGUGAAGUGGGUGAUGGGUCCUUCAGGAACCAUAGUAACCUUCCCAGAAGAACUUGGAUUGCCAAGUAUAUUCAACUCUACACCACACAGUUAUCCUCCACCGCGGGAAAGAUGUGCGGGUCCAGAAUGUACAAACCCAUACAAAUAUAGAGAUUCAGAGUCAAAUCUUCCAUUGUGCAGCCUCCGAUGCUACAAGGCAAUCAAAGGCUAAGUGAUGGAUAUAUUGUGAUCAUACUAUUUGUAUAAUAUAAUAUUUUAGCGUUCAUGUAAAUACUAAUAAUAAAGCACUAUAUCAUACUGUUUGUUGUUAAGCAAGAUUUGAAUGUUUAUAAACAUAUAUGAAUAUAUCAUACUGUAACAGUUUUAUUUCUAACUUUCGUUUCUUGAAUCCAGUUAACCGGACCUAACCAAGUAACCCAGUUAGCUACAGAGAAGUCAAUAUCCUCAGCUGCCGACUUCCUUGUCCACGGUUGUUUGUAGUCAAUGCCAAAAGGUCUUUGCACCGGAGCCCACUUGUUUGUUUGUAGUAAUAAGUUUACUUUUCUCAU